ACAUAUGUAUUUGAGGAAUUAGUGGUCAACUGUAGCUUGUAUUUAGAAAGUACUUCAGACUGCUUAUAUGUGCGUAUUAAUAAUAGCAUCGUGUAGUCUCUUUAUUUAUUAUUUUUGAUUAAUUCAGUUAAUUCUGUUAUGUUUUAUUUGGUUUGCUUUCAUUGGCUAUAUUUGUAUUGGCUCUCACUGAAUCCCAGAUAUAUAUGCAAAUGAGUAAUAUAAUUAUGCAAAUGAGUAUUAAAAUACUCAGUAUAUGAGAAUACUGCGUAUUUUAAACUUGCCUUUCACUGUGUAUUGCAUGGCAGUAACAUAGUGACUACCUAUCAGCCAAGAAGCUUUAAGGAGAUUUAGGAUUUGGAGUGCAUUACAGAGUGGGGGUGAGGAAGGAUUGAGAAGGAAAGAAACUGUAUGGGAAAAAAAAGCACAGCUCAAACACAGGGAAACAGGAUGGCGGGGCAAGCAUAUUUCAGGAUAAAUUUGUACAUCAGGAUGUCUGAGAAUAAUGUGCAAGGUCAUCAGAAUGCCUGUAUGUUGUGUGUAGCUGAGACUCUGAUACGCACACAUGGACAGGAGGACUGUUAGGUACCACCUUCCCAGCACAGCAUGGAUUCACUCAGUGCUGCUUUAGGUGCCAUCAGUGUUACCACAGAGCUGGUUGUGGAGGAACUUGAGCCUCACAUAGAAACACUCCUGACUGCAGCGGUAAAGAGGGAGAGCAGCAUAGCUGAGCAGGUGGUAAAGAGUGGCAUUCUGCCGGUCCUGGCUCAGGCCUUGAGGAGGAGAAGCGCCCUCACUGUACACACAGCCAGACUGGUGGCUGAGCUCUCCAGGGAGGCUUCCUUCAGAGACAGCUGCUUUGAGACUGGAAUUGUAUCUGCUCUUCUGACUCUGCUGCUCAGUGAGAACCCUGAGCUACUGCUGCAUGUUAGCCGAGCCAUCGGGAGAAUCUGCUGUGACAGCAAUCUGCAGCAGGACAGGCUGUUGAGACUGGGAGCUGUCCCCAGACUGGUGUCUGUGCUGCUGCAGUAUUCUGAGAAUGAGGCCUUGCUGAGCUCCUGUCUGCUGGCUCUGUGUAACCUGGCUGAUAUGGGUGAAGAGGAUGGCUCUACACUUGUCUGGGAGAAGAGAGGCCAUUUUGACGAGAAAGUGCAUGUGUUCCAUGGCACCUUGCAGCAUUCGUUUGGCUUUGCGUCAGCAGUGACAGUGGUCCGACUAAACCAGUGGUCUCAGGGACAGUACUUAGUAAGUGUGGAAGUGGUGCAGAAAUGCUCCACUCUCUUGUGGAAGGAACGCAACAGACGACAGACUGAACGGCGCCUGCUAAGUUUCACCUACUUGGGCUUUUUCCCCAAAUUCUACAAGGUUAUAAAGUACUCUAUGAGGAACAUUCCUAAGAACAGGAGUCGUCUGAAGACAGCACUGUUUCACACUUUCUUAUGAAGAUAGAUUACAUAUCAGGUGUGCAUUUUAGGAAAAAUGUUCAGCUCAGGUGUUCAUUUGAGGAAAAAUUUAUCAAAAGUAGAAAACCUUAAAACUGUUACUUAAGCAAGAAUGUUUGGUGAAACAGAUGAUGGGGAAAAAAAUGGAGAGAAAAAGAUGUGGACCACCAGCAUCCAGACAAUCAGGAUAAGGAGACAUCUCUAUCUGCUUGUCAGUCAUGUUUCUUGUCAAGUCAGAAAGCAUUCUAACCUAGAUAACCAUGGGCAUGUGUUUUGUGAGGCAAGACUUUUGAGGAAUCCCUGAAAGGACUGUAUUUGUAUGAAAUUUAGUAGUUUUUUUUUUUUUUUUUUUGCUUUGCGCUAAGCUUAAGAUGGGAUGGAGGCUAAGGUGCAAUAUGUUGUUUGCAUCAGUCUGUCUGUAUCUUAGAGGCCUUACACUACUGGAUUCCAUGAUCAACUGCAGAAAGAGGCUUAACCAAAUUCACUGCUUUGUAUUCAUAAAAAGCAUUCACGUCCUUAAAAACUAACCGUAGUGUGUGAAUACACUGCUUUCAUAAUAUUGCCAGAGGUUACAGGCAAAUUCACUUCUAUUUCAUCAAUAUGUCAAAUGAUUACAGAAAAAAAAUGUAAAAUGAAAUGUAGUUGUAAUUCUACCAUUGUAACCUUUGUUUUUGUACACACAUCUGAAAAAUGAAUAGAUGAUAAUAAGAAAUCUAGCUUUUUAUGUGUUAAAUAUGACAUUUCUUAAUUUUUAAAGCAUGACCUUUCUUAUGUAUUAAGUAUGACAUUUCAGAACUGACAUACACAUAUGUUUUAUAUUUCUGCUAUAGCUUUUCCAACUUGUCUGCUUCUACUACUCUUAUUAUUACAGUUGUCUUACCAUCUGCUUAUGACUGCUUAGGUUAAAUAUAUUAAAUAUUUUAAGGGAAUGUUGUCCUUUCUCUUGAACUUCAGGUUGUGGUGUUGUUCACGUUGGUCUGUGAGUGUUGUUAGCUGCUCCCAGUCCA